AUUGCCUACUUCUACUCAUGGCUGGAACCUUUAUAAACUGAACAAGCACAUCUCUCCAUCCAGUCUCAGCGUGCUGCGAAGACUGUCAGUCAUGAGGAUCCAUUACCUUCUCUUUGCAUUGCUCUUUGUGUUCUUGUUGCCUGUUCCAGGAAAUGGAGGAAUCAUCAAUGCAUUACAAAGGUAUUACUGCAAAAUAAGAAACGGCCGGUGUGCUGUGUUUGGCUGCCUUCCAAAGGAGGAACAGAUAGGCCAUUGUUCUCGGGGAGGCCGAAAAUGCUGCCGAAAAAAGAAAUAAAAAAUCCAGAAACACGAUGAGAAUGUUGGAAAGUGCAAAAAGGACUCAUUGAAAUUUA